GUUCGUGGAAAUUCUAGGGCUUGUGAUGGCGAGGGCGAAGAGGAAGCAGCGCAAUGGCAAGACUGCCAAGGGGGCCGACGCUAUGGCGCCGCUGCCGCCACUGCCGCCACUGCCGCCGGUAAAGAAGGAGGAGGGUGUGGAGAUUGAAUACGUCCCGGAGGAGAUUGGAGGUGAUGAUGUCUUGGCCAUUCAGUUUGUCAAUGUGUUUGCCAGGUUUUCCGAGGCCAAAAAGGAUGAAUCGCAGCCAAAGGACGAGCAAGAUGAGGGAAAGGUGAGGAAGGACGCCCACGCCCUCCUCCGCCGGGAUUUGGAGGAGGAGAUUGACGAUGGCGGGGAUAUGGGAGGAGGAACGGGGGCUGGCAGCCUGGUGGAUCCCAACAAGAAGCUGCCCAAGAGAGAGCGCAAGAAGAAGAUCCAGACCAGGGUCGCGGAGCUCAAGAGCAAGUGCAGGAACCCGUCGGUGGUGGAGGUGUGGGACGCGAGCGCCCCCGACCCGGAGCUCCUCAUCUAUCUCAAGUCGUACAGGAACACGGUGCCGGUGCCGCGCCACUGGUCCGAGAAGGGCCGCUACCUCUCGAGGAAGCUGGGCAAGGAGCGGUCGAGCUACAAUCUCCCGGACUACAUCGCGGCCACGGGCAUCGGCAAGAUGCGCGAGGAGCUGCGGGAGAAGGAGGCGAGCAAGAGCCUCAAGCAGAAGCAGAGCUCCAAGAUGAAAGGCAAAGUUGGCAAGCUCAACCUCGACUACCAAGUGAUGUACAACGCCUUCUUCAAGUACCAGACCAAGCCGCGGCUGUCGGGAUUCGGCGACAUGUACUACUGGGGGAAGGAGGAGGACGACGUGACAGAGAAGCGGCGGCGGUUCAAGCCGGGAACUCUGAGCACCGAGCUGCGCAACGCGCUGGGAAUCGGUCCCGGCGACUUCAUGCCGUGGAUCUACAACAUGCAGACGUAUGGCCCCCCUCCCUGCUACCCGGGCCUCCAGAUCCCGGGAGCUCGCGACGCGCAGCCCAUCUACGUGAACGAGAACUUGGGACUGGACCGGCGGCGCUGGGGGGAUCUGGACGAGGAGGAAGAGGAAGAAGAGGAGGAGGAGGAGGAGGAGGAGGAGCAACAGGAGGAAGUGGAGGACGCAGCGCAGCUGAUUGAGCCGAGCGAGGCUGGAAGCGAGGAGCAGGAGCAGCUGACGAUCGACAGCGGCUCGGCGUCGGUGGUGAGCGAGCUGGAGCUGAGGAAGACGAGCAGCCGGUCGGCGGCGGUGGCUGCGGCGGCGGCGGUAUCAGCCGCGGUGGCGUCCCAGCAGCAGCAGCAGCAACUCUACCAGGUUGUCCAGCAGGAGGGCGUGACGAUUGCCUCGGAUGCUCUCCUGGCGCCGGACCACCGAUACAUCGUCCCGGAUGCUGGCUCCAAGGCGGCGGUGGCAGCUUCCAGUUCCAAGGCUGGCAAUGCGGUGGCGGUGGGGCGGCGUGGCGGUGCCAACAGCCGGGUGGAGGUGACGCUGCGUCCCGAGGAGCUGGAGCGCGGUGUGGAGGAGAAGGACAUCCGGGACAAGUACGAGGAGGCGCGGACCGCGAACCAGCCGCAGACCGAGGACUUUAGCGACAUGGUGGCGGAUCAUGUGAGGGAGAAGAGCCGGAAGCGCAAGGAGAAGCAGCAGGCAUCGGGCAGCAAGAAGCAAAAGUUCAAGUUCUAGCCGCGGCCAAGAACAAAGCAAAGCGGUGGUUCUUCUCGAGAACCUUGGAGAGCGAAGAUAAAAGGAUUGUUUCGUGAUUUCUUCUCCAGUGAAGCUCUAAAGUAUGUAGACGCGUGUUUGUUUCUUACAAAGUGUUUUAUAUUAUUCUUUCUACAGUCUAUCCAUA